AUGAUUCGACUUUAUUUCAUUGGUAUUAUUUAUAUAUUAAUUAUCAUUCCACAUACAGUUAAUACUUUUUUUCUUCAAAAUAUGACUAAUAUCGCUGUUACACGCAAUCUCACGUGUCAAUUAAAUAAUAAUGAGACAUCACCAAGUGAUUUUCAAUUAUGUGCUAUUCGUUUUUAUAGUGGUUUGAAUGGAUCGCAAGAAAUAUCGUUCACUCUAUACAAUGGUCUUCGAUAUAUGAAUACAUUUCGUCGAUACAUUCAAAAAUACUGUGGCGGCGAAAUUGAAACUAUAUCAGAUGGAGGUACCGGUGUAUGGUCAUGUGACUUAUGA